GUAUGUGGAACUUGUUUGUGUUAUUGUUAAUCUGAUUUCCAAAGAAAACGAAGGUAUUUUUACAAUGUAAAGCUAAAUGCCUUAGAGGAAGCAUAUUUGUCUGUAAAUAUGCAUAUUUAUGGCUUAAAGCACAAACCUCUUCUAGGUUCAGCAGAGACAUGAAUGUGAAGCGAUUGCUAAAAACGCAGUAACCAAGCCCAGCAGAUCUGAAAGAUAAAAGCUCACUUCUAUCAUUCAUUUUACUGCUCUUCCUCCACAGAACUGCUCUGAUUUUCUUGUCUCUUUGCAACAGUAAAAGUCUGUUGAAACAAUGAGCUGGAGCUUGCACCAACGUAUGACCACUUCAUCAAGUUCUGGGAGAGGAUUCAGUGGCCUUUCCUUGGGAGGCAGCAGCAGAAUGGGAACAAGUGUGGCUUCUGCCAGCAGUCGUCUUUCUUCUAGCCCUGCCAGUUUUGGGAGUAGAAGUCUCAUCUUGAGUGGCAGCAGAAAGGUAUCCUCUGUAGCAAACAGUGGCAGGUUUGGAGCUGGAUAUGGUGCUGUAUCUACUGCUGGUGCUGGAGGAUUUGGUGGUUCUGGGUCCUUCUCAGGUAUCCAACAAGUAAAUAUCAAUAAAAGCCUUCUAACUCCACUCAAUUUGGAAACUGAUCCAAAUAUCUCAGUCAUAAGGAAAGAAGAGAGAGAGAAGAUAAAACUCCUGAAUAAUAAAUUUGCAUCUUUCAUUGAUAAGGUUCGAUUUCUUGAACAGCAGAAUAAAGUUCUUGAAACCAAAUGGAGCCUCUUACAGAAGCAACAAAGUCCAAAAUCUAAGAGCUCUGAGAUUGAAUCCAUUUUUAAUACUCUUAUUGGCAAUCUUAGAAGCCAGCUGGACAGUUUGGUGAAAGAAAAGGGCCUCCUUGAUAGUGAACUGCAGGGCAUGAAGGAUCAUGCUGAGAACUUUAAGAACAAGUAUGAAUUAGAAUUGAAAAGGAGAAUCACAGGCGAUAGUGAUUUUGUGUCACUUAAAAAGGAUAUAGAUUUUACUUACCUCAUCCAAGUGGAGUUGGACAUCAAACGGAAUGCAUUAGGUGAUGAACUCGACUUCCUGACAAAACUUUAUAAAGAGGAACUUGAUGGUAUCCAACAACAAACAUCUGGGACCUCAGUAGUCCUCUCUAUGGACAACAGUCGUAUGUUGGACCUAGGAGACAUUAUUGCUGAUGCUAAGGCCCAGUAUGAGAACACUGCAAAGAAGAGCAAAGAGGAAGCAGAAGCAGCUUAUCAAAGCAAGUACCAGCAGUUGCAGCAAGCUGCAGGCCAACAAGGAGAUGAUCUAAAAAGCAGCAGCAAAGAGAUAUCAGAACUUAAUAGAUCCAUUCAGAGACUGAAGAAUGAAAUUGAAGGUGUGAAAAAGCAGAUUACCAGUUUGAAGGUUUCUAUUCAAGACGCUGAAAAACGGGGCAACAUUGCUUUGAAAGAUGCUCGGGAAAAGCUAGUUAACCUUGAAGGGGCACUGCAGAAGGCCAAGCAGGAAAUGGCUCAACAGCUCAGGGAAUAUCAAACACUAUUGAAUGUGAAGCUGGCCCUUGACAUUGAAAUUGCCACUUAUCGUAAACUACUGGAGGGAGAGGAAAGCAGGAUAUAUGGUCAAGUCUCUGAUGCAGUUACUGUCUCAGUUGUAAGUGGCACCAAGUCUUCAUUUGACGCAACCAAAAGAUCUGCAAGCAGCGGCGUUAAAAAAAGAGGAAGUUCUGGGGUGAUAAUCUCAAAGACGGAAAGCCUCAGCCAGAGACUUUAUCAGUAAUUGGGAAAUGUGCAUUCAGCUUGGUGCCAAAAGUAACAGUAAUAAAUCAACAAAACAAGUUGUCCAACCAAGGAAAUGCAAAAGCCAGAGGUGUAACAGUUGCCAGAGCUUCCUUCAGAAAUCAUGGGGCUUCUGAACAACCCCAAAGCAUAGGGUGCAACCCUAGCAAAGCAGGUAGUCCUUUCCUUACUGCCCACCAUGGGGCAAUGAUGCAUGGGGUAAGGGCAGGAUUUACUGACAGUGAUUAAUUAAGUACCAACACAUUUUCUUUCUACAGGAUUUUAAAUAUUUUAAAGUUAGUUUAAGGUUUUUGUAUUGAUCUAUAUCACGUGUUUAAUUAGCUUAACUUUCCUACAAGGUAUUCAUCAACUAUUGCUGAAUUACUGUAGAAGAUAUUCCUAUAUUUGAAAUAAAAUGUAUUUGUUUCCU